GUGCUCUCCCACCUGCUGCUUCGCUUCACGUUACUUUACCUGUCCCACCACCCUCCGUUGCUUCUCUGCAUACUCACUCCUAUCCAUUGCUUUCUACAUUUCCCUCGCUGACCAAUCUCCUGUUAUACAAUCCACGGGUUCAAGUUUUUGUUGCAUGGGAGAGCGUUGAUUGUGCGGAAGAAGCCAAGAGGUUGGUCGAGGAGCUGUUUGUGAGUUUUGUCGGGUGUGUGUGUGUGAGAGAGAGAGAGAGUGAAGGGAGCUCUCUGAGAUGGAGUACAGGAAUCUGGGACGAACUGGGUUGAAGGUGAGUGUGUUGAGCUAUGGCGCAUGGGUUAGCUUCGGUAACCAGAUUGGUGUUACAGAGGCCGCGGAGAUUCUGCAGCGGUGUCGGGACGCGGGCGUGAACUUCUUCGACAAUGCUGAGGUGUAUGCUAAUGGGAAGGCGGAGGAGAUUAUGGGCGCUGCCAUCAAGCAGCUUGGGUGGAAGCGGUCGGACCUUGUGAUCUCCACCAAGCUUUUCUGGGGUGGGAAUGGCCCUAACGAUAAAGGUCUCUCUCGCAAGCACAUCAUCGAAGGCGUUAAGGCAUCGCUGAAACGCUUGGACAUGAGUUAUGUGGAUCUGCUGUACUGCCAUCGGCCAGAUCCCUCGACUCCAAUUGAAGAGACUGUACGAGCUAUGAACUGGGUGAUUGACCAGGGGUAUGCGUUUUAUUGGGGAACAAGUGAGUGGUCUGCUCAACAAAUUACGGAGGCUUGGGAAGUUGCCGAACGGCUAGGCCUGAUUGGUCCCGCAAUGGAACAACCGGAAUACAAUUUGCUUGUGCGGGAGAAGGUGGAAAAGGAGUAUGCAGUACUUUACAAGAACUAUGGAGUCGGUCUUACGACAUGGAGCCCGCUUGCAUCUGGUGUGCUUACAGGAAAAUACAUGAACGGCGACAUUCCCGAGGGCAGUCGCUUUGCGCUGGAUAACUAUAAGCAUCUGGCAACCAAGUCCCUCGUUGCUGAGACUCUCGAGAAGGUAGAAGCUCUGAAGCCGAUUGCCAAGGAGCUUGACGCUUCUUUAGCACAGUUGGCUCUAGCUUGGUGCGUCAAGAAUCCCAAUGUCAGUUCUGUUAUCAGUGGAGCCACCAAACUAGAUCAGGUGGUUGAGAAUAUGAAAGCCUUACAAGUUGUUCCCAAGCUCACUCCUGAGGUGAUGAAGAGAAUUGAUGAAGCAAUCAACUUAAAGGCAUCCAAGUAGCUUCACAGAGAAAAUGUUUCGAACCGUAGAAAUCUUAAUGUGCAUAUCAUUUUGUCCAAUCGACGGAUUAUGAUUAAACUUUAAGAGGAAUCUUGAAGAUAUUUUUUCAGUCCAUUUUA